GCUGAGAUUGACAGAUAGAGAAAGAGCAGGAAAAAGAUUGAGAGUGAGAGAUAGCUGGAGAGAGGCACAAAAUAAAAAGAAGAAAAAUAGGAAUAGCCGAGGAGCAGAUACGGCAAUGUAAGCCAAGAAAGUGUGCGGCGGUGGAGGAAGUAAUGCCAGAGGAGGUUGCAGGGUGCAUGUUUGUGUGUGCUCAGGUGCGUCUGCAGAAAUUGCAGCGGACACUUAACUGAAAAAGUGGAUCUCGUGAGCGGAUCAGGGUGGUUAUUUGGCUCCUGUGAUCCAUGAGGCCUCUACUGGCUGGACUGACAUUCUCUUCUGAUCCACACACAGCCUGCAGUCAUGGAGAAGCAACUGGAGGAGCUGAAGCGACAGCUAGAAAAGCAAUGUCUGAUCAACGAGGAGCUGCAGAGGCAGAACCAGGACCUGGAGCAACGGCUGCAGGAAAAAGAGAAACUUCUGCAGGAUCUCCAAAGCCAAUAUCAUGAUCUGGAGUUUCCCUCUCAGGGCGGUAAUGAGAUUGAACCGGAGUUCAGGAAGAGCCGUGCGGCUGUCAUCGCCCCCGAACCGAUCCCCGAGACCCUGGAGAUUAUGCGCACCAAGGUCAAGAAAACUGCCAGCGAAACAAAUCUGAUCGUCAGAGCCAUCCAAAAGAAUGAUUUCCUGGGCCGCCUCGACGAUGAGCAAACAGCCAUGAUGGUGGAUCUCUUAGUGGUGAAUAACUUCAAACCGGGGGAGGAUGUCAUCAAAGAGGGCUCUGAAGGAGACAGAAUGUACAUAGUAGCAGAUGGCGAGCUUCGUGUCACCCAGGUAGGCAGGGACCUCCGUCAGCUCACCACUGGUGAUGUGUUCGGGGAGUUGGCCAUCCUGUACAACUGCAAACGGACAGCAACAGUUUCAGCAAAGACAGCAGUGCGUCUGUGGUACAUGGAGCGACAGACCUACAGGACGAUCAUCACCAACAAGUCCAAGAAGAAACGAGAGCAGCUCAUGGGCUUCCUGAAGACGUCUCGUACUCUGAGGGACCUGAAUGACGUCCAGCUGUCCAAAAUCAUUGACUCAAUGGAGGAGGUGAAGUACCAGGACAAAGAUGUCAUCGUUCGAGAAGGAGCAGAAGCAAACACAUUCUACAUCAUCCUCAAAGGAGAGGUCCUGGUGACUAAGAACGUGAACGGGCAUCAGAAGCAGAUUCGUAGGAUGGGAAAAGGGGAGCAUUUCGGAGAACAGGCCCUGAUACGGGAAGUCUUGAGAACUGCCACCUGCUCUGCCGACGGCCCUGUCACCUGCUUCUCCAUUGACAAGGAGGUAUUCGAAGAGACAAUUCCCAUAGAGCACCUGGAGCUAUUUGAUGACUCCAAAGUGCUGCAGGAGGCACAAGCUCCAGUGAAGUCGAGUCCCAGCUCCACUCUGAGGUUUAAGGAUCUGGUUCCUGUGUUGUAUCAGGAGGGUCGCUUUCAGGGAGACCCCGUCACUCUUGGAGUCGGAGGGUUCGGUCGUGUUGAGCUGAUGACCACAGUGAAUCACGGCACGUAUUACGCCAUGAAGCGAGUCAGCAAGAAGCACAUUGUUGCCAAGAGACAGGAGGAGCACAUGCUGUUUGAGAAGAAGAUCCUUAAAGCCACCCAGUGUGACUUCAUUGUCAGGCUUCAUGCUGCUUUUAAAGACACAAGAUACAUCUACAUGGUCAUGGAGUUCUGUGUUGGAGGAGAGAUCUGGACCAAACUCAAAGAAGUAGGGCGUUUUGACGAGCCCGUCGCUGUGUUCUGCGCUGCCUGUGUGGUGGAGGCCUACGCCUACCUCCACAAGAAGAACAUCAUGUACAGAGACCUGAAGCCUGAGAACCUGAUGCUGGACGCAAAGGGCUACGUCAAACUGGUGGACUUUGGGUUUGCAAAGGAGAUGGUGCGCGGCGAGAAAACCUACUCAUUUGUUGGCACUCCAGAAUACAUGGCCCCGGAGAUCAUUAAGAACCAGGGGCAUGACUUCGCAGUCGACUUUUGGUCCCUCGGCAUCCUGAUCUUUGAGCUACUGGUGGGGAGCCCUCCCUUUUCAAGCUCAGAGCCUCAGAAGAUUUACGCCAAGAUUCUGGACGGGGUGCUGAAGUAUCCACCGUACCUGAGCGAGGCGGCCAAGUCCAUUAUCAGUAAACUGUGCAGACCUCGGCCGGGCCAGAGGUUAGGAAACACCAAGAAUGGAAUCAAAGAUGUGCGGCAUCACAGGUGGUUCGGCAACAUGAACUGGCACAAGCUUCGUGUGGGUCAGCUCGACGCCCCCACAGUCCGACUCAUACGCAAGGGCCCCUGCUACAUCAACUUUGAUCGUUUCCCUGUCGAUCAGACGAAGGUAGAUGAGGAGUUCUCUGGUUGGGACCGUGACUUCUGACCUCCGUGACGUCUCCCGCGUCACCCACCAAAUCCUAAAAUCCUCCCUUGAAGCCAAAACAAGGUCACAUGAUGGUAGUAGGAGCUUUGUAUUGAGAAAAACUAAGAAACAAACAAAAAAAACCCCAUAAUAAUAAUAAUCCAUGUCACUGUUGGUUAUGGAUGACCAUCAAGGAGGCGGAUGGACAGAUAUGGUGUGAAGAUGUUAGGACGUUCUGUCUCUGAAUGCAGAACGCUGAUGAAGAAGUGUUUAUAACACUGUCCCCUGAUUAGAAUAAAACACCCGUCCAAGCGCUUUGCCUCGCUGAGAAAAAUAAGGCUUGAGUCACACCGUACAGUCUGUACAAAAGGCCAGCUCGUACCAAACCUGACAAAUGAAUCAAUACUGAUGUCGUCUCUGUUUUGUUAUGUUCGAUCUGAUGCUCACCAGCUCGUAGCAGAGCUGCUAAAUGCUUUAAUAUUGCUUAAGUUGUAGUUGUUGUUUUUUUUAUCGUGAACCGUCACUUUUUUCCCUUUGUUUUUGGAGAAUCUGUUUCUGUGCAGAUUGUUCUCCACGCACCUUGAUUGUAUUUUAAAAAGAUCAUAGAACAUUCCGAUGAAAAAAAUUCGAUGUCUCGAGUUUAGUAAAUAAAAGUGCCCUCAUGCUUGA